AUGGUACCCAAUGAGGCCCUUCAGUACAUAGGAAUUGUCCAGUUACUUCUGCAUUUCAGGUGGAAAUGGGUUGGGCUUAUCACAAAGGAUGAUGAAAGUGGAGAACAUUUCUUGCAGACACUGGAGCUGAUGUUUUCCAUGAAUGGAAUCUGUACAGCCUUUGUACUAAGGACUCAAGAAAAUCUGCAUUUUGAUAGUUUGUUACACAUGAUCCAAGAGGCUUACAAUAAUAGUUCAGAUUUAGUAGAAAGUAAAGCCAAGGCAGCCAUCACAGAGCCGCUGCACCGGCUGUUGGACAAAAACGCCCCUUGGGUAUGGGGCAAACGCCAAGCAGCCGCGUUCCAGGCAGUUAAAGACACGCUGGUCUCAAAUGCGGUGCUCCACCACUUUGAUGAGCGCCUUCCGGUCAUACUGGCUUGCGACGCAUCGCCAGACGGGGUGGGCGCGGUCCUGGGGCACCAACUCCCGGACGGGAGGGAGGUGCUAGUAGCCUAUUACUCCCGUACGCUAACGCCGGCAGAGCGCAAUUAUGCUCAGAUUGAUAAAGAAGCUCUAGCCAUCGUAGCGGGGGUACAUAAGUUCAACGAUUACCUUUAUGGGCGGAAGUUCACGAUCGCCACCGACCACAAGCCGCUCUUGGGUCUGCUAGCGCUGGACCGGCAAACCCCACAAAUACUGUCCCAGAGGGUACUGAGGUGGAACCAGUUCCUAAAUUCGUACAUGUACACCCUGGUCCACCGAGCAGGCAAGACAAUGGGCCACGCGGACGCGCUCAGCCGUUUGCCGCUACCCGAAGUGGGUCCGGACCCUGCCCCCGCACACCAUGUCAUGCUAGUUAAGAGCCUCCCGGAGCAGCCCCUCCACGCCACGGAGGUUGCCAAGGCCACCAAGAAACACAAGACACUGGCACGGACCAGCUACGCCGCCGCACGAUUCCGGAAGAGCCAGCGGACACAGAAGAGGCAGGGCCCGGGGAAGAGCCAAUCAGGGGCCGGCCAGAGGACGCGGCCCCAACAGCCAGUCUAUCGACGCAUGAAGCGCCCGGGCCGGCGGAGCCCGAAAGACCCGCUGAGCCAGACCAGCCGCCUCCGGCCGCACCACUGCCCACAGACGCGCCAGCAUUUGGUCCCCAAGUUCUAUCAGCAUGUUCUGGCCUUGGUUUUUGCCAUCAAGGAGAUCAAUGAGGAUCCCUCAAUCUUACCCAACGUCUCCCUUGGAUUCCACAUUUAUGACAACUACAAUAAUGCAUGGAUGACCUACCGCACCACUAUGGACCUUCUCUUCAAAUCACACACUUUCAUCCCCAACUAUGAGUGUGGCUUUCGGAAAGGUCUCAUAGGAAUCGUUGGUGGACUUGGUUUGGACACCACCUCAUAUGUGGCAGACCUUUCCAGUCUUUACAAGAUUCCACAGAUUUCUUACGGAUCAUUUGAAUCAGCACCAAAGGAUCAAACAAAUUUCCUUCCUUUUUACCGUAUGGUAGCCAAUGAGGCCCUUCAGUACAUAGGAAUUGUCCAGCUACUUCUGCAUUUCAGGUGGAAAUGGGUUGGGCUUUUCAUAAAGGAUGAUGAAAGUGGAGAACUUUUCUUGCAGACAUUGGAGCCGAAGCUUUCCAAGAAUGGAAUCUGUACAGCUUUCAUAAUAAGGAAUCAAGUAAAUUUGCAUUUUGAUACUAUGUUACACGUGCUCCAAGACUCUUACAUUAAUAGUUCAGAUUUAGUAGAAAGUACAGCCAAGGUAGUUGUUGUCUAUGGAGAGACAGUCACCAUUACGCGGCUGGCAUGGAUCAUAUGGCUGACUUUUGUAAUGGCACCAGUACAAGAGUCACAUUAUUUGGAGAAGACCUCUUCAGGAAGGGUAUGGAUUGUGACUGCCCAGAUUGAUUUCGCUUUCGAUACGUUGCAAAGGAUUCUUGAUAUGCACAUGUUCCAUGGUGCUCUUUCCUUCACAAUUCAGAAAAAUAAGAUCCCAGGUUUCCAAAUAUUUCUUCAGAGUAUCGAUUCUGCCUUGAAAAACAAAAAUGGUUUUAUCAAAGACUUCUGGGAACAAGUAUUCCAUUGUGAAUUUUUGGAUUCCAUUGACACAACCAACAUUGAUGAAACGUGUACUGGAGAUGAGAGAGUGGAAAGUGUUCCAGCACCUUUUUUUGAAAUGAGCAUGACUGGCCACAGCUACAGUAUCUAUAAUGCUGUCUACGCUCUGGCACAUGCAUUACAUAUGAAGUACACAUCAAGAACCAGGCACAGAGCAAUUAAAUAUGGGGACAGAUUGGGUACUCUGAAUUUGGAGACCUGGAAGAUUCACUCGUUCCUUCAGAAAGUCUCUUUUAACAACAGUGCUGGAGAUGAAAUUCAGUUUAAUGAGGAUGGGGAACUAGCAGCUGGAUUUGAUGUGACAAACUUGAUUACUUUCCCAAAUAAGUCCUAUGCCCAAGUGAAAGUUGGAAUGCUGGAUCCUCAGGCUACUCCAGGAAAAGAGCUCACCAUGGAUGAGGACAAAAUCGAGUGGCACAAAGUCCUCACACAGGUUCCUCCCAUUUCUCUGUGCAAUGACUUCUGCCUUCCGGGCAACAGCAGGAAAAAGAAGGAGGGGGAGAAAUUCUGCUGUUAUGAUUGUGUUCUGUGUCCAGAAGGGAAGAUAUCAAACCAAGAAGACAUGGAUUACUGUAUCGCUUGCCAAGAAGAUCACUAUCCAAAUAAGGGACAAAAUCAAUGCAUUCCUAAAAUUACAAGUUUUCUAUCCUCACAAGAAAAUUUGGGGAUAAUUUUAGUUUUUUUGGCUCUUUUCUUUUCUUUGAUCACGGUUCUGGUGCUCCUCAUCUUCCUUAAGUACCAGGACACUCCCAUAGUCAAAGCCAACAACAGAAGCCUCACCUACAUCCUACUUGUCUCUCUCCUUCUUUGCUUCCUCUCUUCACUGCUCUUCAUUGGACAGCCUAACAAGGUGACCUGCCUCUUCCGACAAGCAGCUUUUGGCAUCAUCUUCUCAGUGGCUGUUUCUUCUGUAUUGGCAAAAACCAUUAUUGUGGUCGUGGCUUUUAUGGCCUCUAGACCAGGAAACAUUUUCAGAAACUGGAUGGGGAAAAGACUGGCACAUUUGAUUGUCUUUGUGUGCUCUCUCAUUCAAAUAAUCAUCUGUGUUACAUGGUUGGGUACUUUUCCUCCAUUCCCAGAUUUGGACAUGAAGUCACUGACUGAAGAAAUCAUAAUAGAAUGUAACGAAGGGUCAGUCACGAUGUUUUAUUGUGUCUUGGGCUACAUGGGAUUCCUGGCCACUUUCAGCUUCAUUAUGGCUUUUCUAGCCAGGAAAUUACCUGACACGUUCAAUGAAGCCAAGUUCAUUACGUUCAGCAUGUUGGUCUUUUGCAGUGUUUGGCUCUCUUUUGUCCCAACCUACUUGAGUACAAGAGGAAAAGAUAUGGUGGCUGUGGAGAUCUUCUCCAUCUUGGGCUCCAGUGCUGGGUUACUGGGAUGCAUCUUUUUGCCCAAAUGCCAUAUCAUUAUUCUGAGGCCUGAUCUGAACAGCAAAGAGCAUGUAAAAAGGAAUAAGAAUUAA